GUCCCGCAGUUGCCUGGUUCGCAGAUCUCUGCGGGCCCUGCGAUGCAGAGCAGCCCGCAGGUAGCUCCGAGCUCAGCGCAGCAGACUCCGCGAGAGCAGGGGUGGAACCCAUGGGCAACAAAUCUUGGCGCGAACGAAGCGGCGUUCUGGGGCAGCGUUUCAGGGAAUGACAUGCACAGGCGGAUCAUCGGCGAUAUCGGAGCCUUUGAUUCUGGCGACUUUAGGUCCUCACCUGCAAUGAACAGUCGGCCAAGCAUGCCACCAUCCCCAGCACAGUCUGGGCGUGCUUGGACCUCUGGCUGCGGCGUUCUGCAAGCAAACCACCAGGAGAUGCAAAGCUUGGAGGGCACAGCAUUUUGGCAGCUUCCGCCAACUGCUUCGAAGUCUGGCGCUUUUCCGAGCGGACCCCUCCCUCAGCUGCAGUCCCAGAAUCAGGUUCGAAAUACUCACGAGAUGCUGACCGCACCCGCAAGCCAAGGCUCUGUCGCAAUCGGAAGCAGACCUUCUCUGCCUUCCAACGAAUCUGCUGGACGGACAUUGCUGACUUCUACCAGUGAAGGGCUCGAAGUGACGUAUGCCAUCGCCAACCCGCCAGGCCAUGCGCCUAUUAGCACGCCGAACAUGAGUCACCUUCCUUACUCUGCUGGCUCUGUUGGAAACAGCCAAAGGUCCGCCGGCUGCUUUGCCGCACCCUGGCCGGUGCCAUGCACGGCUCCAGGUCAGCUCCGAGGCGCAGCUCCCGGGGGUGUGCAUUUGCUGGACGUGACUGGCCUUUACCAGGAGCCCAACCUUGCACAGCCCGCUGCACUUCACGGGCGUGAUGUGCUGGGCCCGAUGCGGCCUGACGAGAGCUACCAUUCCAGAGCUGACCUGGCCAGCAGAUGGGUGCAUCAGCAGCAGAUUGCAAAGAAAGCCGAGUAA